AGGAAUCUUUGAUGGUAAUACCGGCUGCUGACACAGCGAUAGCCAGGGCUACAGCGGGGCACCAUAGCGCUUGGUACUGAGGAGAAAACGGUCGCGUCGAGUGGAUACGGAGAUCUCCUUCUUAUAUACUCCUUAUAUAUCUGUGCCCCGGGGCACUGAAACAUCGCAGCUUCAUCCGGGAACAGGGCGCUGGGAUACGAAAAUGGGGAAGCAGAACAGCAAGUUGCGCCCUGAGAUGCUGCAGGAUCUAAGAGAGAACACAGAAUUUUCAGAUCAUGAGCUACAAGAGUGGUAUAAAGGCUUCUUAAAGGACUGUCCAUCAGGCAUUCUAAACGUGGAGGAAUUUAAAAAGAUCUAUGCCAACUUCUUUCCAUACGGAGAUGCUUCCAAGUUUGCAGAGCACGUCUUUCGCACCUUCGAUACCAAUGGGGAUGGAACCAUUGACUUCCGGGAGUUUAUUAUUGCCCUAAGUGUUACAUCACGGGGAAAGCUGGAACAAAAACUGAAGUGGGCAUUCAGUAUGUAUGACCUGGAUGGGAAUGGCUACAUUAGCCGGGAGGAAAUGCUGGAGAUUGUGCAGGCAAUAUAUAAGAUGGUUUCCUCAGUAAUGAAGAUGCCAGAAGAUGAGUCUACUCCAGAGAAACGCACAGAGAAAAUCUUCCGACAGAUGGACACAAAUAACGAUGGCAAGCUUUCUCUAGAGGAAUUUAUUAAAGGUGCCAAGAGUGACCCAUCCAUUGUGCGUUUACUGCAGUGUGACCCUAGUACAGCUUCUCAAUUUUAACACAUCAUUAUCAUGGGAAAAAUGUAACUUCUUCCUGCAAAUGCGCCAAGGAGUGAUCCCCUCCCUCUGCACAGCUGAUUGUCCCAGAGUUCUCCUGGGCAUUAGAUGGACAUGAAUGCACUGCCAACCUGUGAAUCCUCUUCCCUAUAUUUAUUUCUUUAAAUCUAAUUUUAUAUAUGCUAUUAAGUAACAAAGGGUGCAUGGGGUAUAUAAGCACUCAGGAAUUGGGAAAAACUCAAUGCUAAUGAACUGGAACACUCAAUGUAUUAAAAAGAAUAAUAAUAAUAAAAAAGCAAAUUAUAUAUAUAUGCUGCCAUUUAGGAGGCGAAAAGCAGCAUUAUGUUUGGCCCUGGUUCUGUGGAGCAGGUGGCAGUUUUUAACUGAGACCUAGUUUGGUAGCACUAAUGCAGGGAAUAACUAUGCACAUUCCAUUUAGUAAAUCCAUUAGGGACGUCGUUAAGAGGCUUUCUUAGCAUAAAAUAUCUGGUUCUGCACUGUUCUCAAUCAAUUCAGCUUUCCUCAUUUGAAGGAGAGAAGUGUUUUGAAUGGAAGCUAUAUGAGAAAUAUUCUGAUCUUGCCUCAUCCUACUAAUUACAGCACAAGCUGUUAAUGCUCAAUUAGAAGAAGCUGCCCAGAAAUUCUAUGUGUAGUUAACCCUCCGCUGCCAGGAGUCUGAGCAAUUAUUUGCACAUGUUUCUAUAUAUAUAUUUAUUUCUUGCACCUACGCACUGUGCUUUUAAUGCAUAUAAAGGCGUAUGCAACUAUAUUUUUAUUGUGUUAACAGGCCUUUUGUUGUCUGUACAAAAAUUACUAACUUUAGGACUCUGCCCCCUUCAACAGUACAAGUUUAAGAAUAUGCAAUCUCAGGAAGUGGUGUGGUUAUUUUGCUAGAUCAGUUUAUUCUUUGAUGAGCAAUGUCUCUUUGGUAUAGACCUAUUCUAUUUCCAUAUAGCCACAUAUAUAUAGGCCCAUGCACAUGUCUAUAAAGACAAUAUACACAGGUAUAUAAGUUAUUAAGUUGGACAUAUGCUGAUGCUCUGAAUACAUGAAGUUGCAUUAUGUGCAGUCCUUCUUCUGUAGUUUUUGGAUUUGAGUAUUCCUAGGUAGGACAUCAAGAGAGGCACCACACGGACACGUACUUGUUUUAAGUGUUGCAUUUAUAAAUUUAUUCACCACUGUAAAUUUUCAUUUGGUAUGUACAUAUGCCUGAAUGGAAUUAUCUAUUUGGCAAACACAGUUCUGAUUUCAAGGUCUGUGCAGUGGAUCAGUAGCAUGGUUCCGUUAGUCUGCAUGAGUAUCAAAUGGGCCUCUAGCACUGCCAAGACUUUUUUGGGGCCUAAUAUUAUAUACUAUGUUUGUGCACUAACUAUAUUAUUAACUGGACACAGCCCAUAUGAGCAGUAGAGUUGUGGUACAGGUCAGACACCCCAGUAGAGUUUGGGGGGGUUAAAAUUGCAUACUUUGUAUGUAUUGACAACCUGUACUUAGUGUUCUUCUGUAUUAUGCUACUUCACAAUAUAUAUUGCAGUAUCACCCUUUGAAACAAUCACAGCACAGUAAAUCUAACACUGCGCUAUAUGAUUUUCUAACAGGAAUAAAGUCUUGUAAGAGUG